GACGCCGACGAGCCCGGGUCCAGCCGCCCCCACUUUUGCCCUCUCCUCCUCCUCAUCUCCCUCCACUUCCGAGCAGGGGACUUGUCUUGAGAUGGGAUACGGCGGCAUGGAUGCGGGGGUCUCGCUGAUCUCGCUCCCCUGAAUAGCCGACGGCCUCAACGUUUGCCCCGACCGCUCCCGACGGUCGAAGAUGUCUCGUUCAGAGAGCAAGGCGGCCGCAGCGGGCCCGCAGGGCUUGCCCAAGGUUCCCGUGCCCCCCCUGAAGCAAACGCUGGACACCUACCUCAAGUGCGUGCGGCAUCUGGUGACGGACGAGCAGUUCCGCAAGACCGAGGCCAUCGUGGAGAAGUUUGGAGCGCCCGGUGGCCUUGGCCAAGUUCUGCAGAAGAAGCUCCUGGAGAGGAGGGACAAGAUGGAAAAUUGGGUGUACGACUACUGGCUGGAGGACAUGUACCUGAGCAACAGGUUGGCCCUCCCGGUCAACUCCAGUCCCGCCAUGGUGUUUCCUAAGCAGACGUUUCAAGAUCAGAAGGAUGCUUUGAGAUAUGCCGCGCGCCUCGUCGGAGGCGUGUUGGAGUACAAGGCCCUGAUUGAUACGGGGGCGCUCCCUGUGGAGUUCGCCCGAGGCCAGCUGGCCGGCACCCCUCUGUGCAUGGAGCAGUACGGCCGACUGUUUACCUCGUACCGCUACCCGGGUCUGAAGACGGACGCGCUGGCGGUCCGCAAGAACGCGGCCCCCGCGGCAUCCGAGCACAUCAUCGUGGCGUGCAAGAACCAGUUUUUCGCACUGGACGUCGUCGUCGAUGGCGAGCCGCUGAGUGAGGCGGACAUCUUGUCCCAACUGGAGAAAACCGCGUCAAUGGCGGGGAACGCCGAAGAGCGGUUUCCGCCUUUUGGUCUCUUGACAUCGGAUGGCCGAACAGAAUGGGCACGAGCCUGGGAUAUUCUGGCAAAAGAUCAAACCAACACAGACUCUCUGGCGCUGAUAGAAAGCUGCCUGUGCGUGUUGUGCCUGGACGAGGCCAGCGGGAACAGGGCCACGGACAGCGAGCGGGCCCUGCUCAUGCUGCACGGCGGCGGCUGGGAAAAGAACGGCGCCAACCGCUGGUAUGACAAGUCAAUGCAGUUUGUCGUAGGAAUGGACGGAAUAUGCGGAGCCGUGUGCGAGCAUUCCGCCUUUGAGGGGGUCGUUCUGGUGCAAUGUUCAGAGCACCUGACUAAGCACAUAGCCGCCGGGACCGCCGCGGAGGCCGCGAAGCCGCCAGCCAGUGGCCGAAAGCUUCCGGCCCCAAGGAGACUCCGGUGGAAAUCUAACGCCCAAAUCCAGGGACUCUUUGCGGGAUCCAAAGAGCGACUGCAGAGGCUGGUGAAGAAUCUGGACAUGGACGUUUUCACCUUCAAAGGUUACGGAAAAGAAUUUAUCAAGAAGCAAAAAAUGAGUCCGGACGCAUUUGUACAAGUGGCCCUCCAGCUGGCAUUUUUCAAGUGCAGCGGGAAGCUGGUUUCCACCUACGAGAGCGCCUCCAUCAGGCGUUUCCGGGACGGACGGGUGGAUAACAUUCGCUCGGCAACUGCCGAAGCCUUGGCUUUUGUCAAGUCCAUGACGGACGAGAGGAGCCCUCACACGGAAACGGAAAAAAUGAAACGACUGAGGGAUGCAAUAAGUGCCCAGACCGACUACACGAUUGCAGCGAUUACAGGAAUGGCAAUCGACAAUCAUCUCCUGGGACUGCUGAAGAGCGCCCAGGAACUCAACAUGGAGCGUCCGGAGAUCUUUUGCGACGAAACCUUCCUGGCUAGUAACCGAUUCAUCCUGUCCACCAGUCAGGUGCCGACCGCGGUGGAAAUGUUCUGUUGUUACGGUCCGGUGGUGCCCAACGGCUACGGCGCCUGCUACAACCCACAGCCGGACCACAUCGUCUUCUGCGUGUCCAGUUUCUGGGAAAGCACACAAACCAGCUCGGCCGUUUUUGUCAAAGCCCUGAACGAGGGCCUGCUGGAAAUCGGGGACCUGUGCGAUGCUUCCGCAACCGCCGCUGCCACCAAGAUGGCCGCCGGUGGCCAGGGAGGGCAGCGAGCCUCACGGACGGGGGGCGGGGCCGUGUUGCUCAAGUGAUGUCUAAAAAAACAAACCAAAACAAAGACAUUUUAGCCUUGUCAGGAUGGAUCUUGCUUUUCUGUGCAAUUGAGCUCAUUUCACCACAUUCCAGCCACAGUCUUAGCAUAGUCGUGUUGUACGUACAGUAGCGGCGGCCAUCUCUGCCUUUUCAGGCGCCGACCUUGUUUUUGUGCAUACAAUGAUAGAUUAUUGCUAUUUAUAUACCAAUCAAUGAAAACUCAAAGGCAUGCCGAUUCCAAUAGAGGAGCCGCCGUUUUUAGGUCCGAAGCUUCUAAUGUGCAAUAUAUUAGUGUACCGGUAUGCAGGAGAAAAAAAAAAUGGCGCCUUAAGUGAUGCAAAAUGUACUUUACAAUAUCUUCCAGCUACAUGGCGUAAACUAAAGAAUGUCCCGUUUGUGUUGGUGUGCAGUGCAUCCAGAAAAUAACAAUCCCAAAGUGUGAUGUUGCAACGUAUAGAAACAGAGCACUAUAUCGAGCCAGUGACAGGUCACGAGUCAGUCCUUCAAUGUUAUGUCAGAAAAUAUUUUAGUCCGAUAAGAAAUAUUUAUUUAUCUGUGAGCAAGGUGCAUUGUGUUGUCGCGAACAUGGGUGGGCUUGUCGCCCGCGUGCACUCUUCCCCCAUUGUGGACAAAUAAAGGAUCAUGAUAUGGUCAACAACAA